GCUUGUUGACAAGCAAACAAAAUUUGUUUGUUUUAUUGUGAAAAAAUAAAAAAAUUGAUGGAAAAAUAUCAAAUAUUGUUUUAUUUUAACAAAAUUAAUUAUAAAUCAAUUAACUAAACUAUAAAUUCUUCAACUUAAAUAAAAGAACAGUUCUUAGAAUGGCGGUUAAUGUUUCCACAACCAUCAGUGUCUGUUUAUAUUGUAAAACAACAUCCGAGAGAGAUGCUGCAAAGGAAUUUCAUGAGAUCUUUGAUGAAGUGGGAGUUGAAUUGCAAUUGCCCACUUUAGUGGAAAAGUUUUUUCAUAUUAAGGUUGAAAAUGAAGAUAAACAAUGUUUGUGUGACGAUUGUGUUAAUAAUUUAAUCGAAUUAUAUGACUUGGAAGAACACACCAAACAAGAACAGAGCAAGGAGGAAGAAUCUCUUGGGGUAAAUAUUCAGCCGGAAGCUGAAGAGAAGGAAAAUAGUAAAGUAGCUUCAGCGGAUGAAUUUGAGAAAUUGAAUCCAGAAUAUCUGAAAUGUACUAACGAUCUUGUACAACAAGAUGUUGAACAGCAAGUCAUUUUGCCCGAGAGUUUAAGCAGCGAGUAUAGAAAUAUAAAAAUUAUUGAACAGGAGGAUAAAGACAGGGCAAGUGUGCAAGAAAAUGUGACAGAAGAGAAAGAUAACAACGAAGAACUCUUUAAAGAAGAUAAAACUGCUUACUAUGCUGAAGAAGCUGUUAAUAGUACUGAAAAUUUAAUAAAUAAUUUGGAAAUUGAGAAUGAUGAACAAUCCUUUAAUAACAUAAUAGCUAGUACUACAGUAGAUGUGCCAAAUGCAGGUGAAGAAGAAUGUUCUGAAGAUAUUGUGUUUGUGGAAGAUGAAGAGGAACAUCAAAAUAAUUCUAACAUUCUAAUUGGUACUCACAUAUCUUCCGAAGAAUUUGAGCUAACGGGUGAGCAUGAAAAUGAUGAGGAAAUUGAGGAAGAUGAACAAAAUUCAGAGAAUCAUUUCACAUAUGAUGAUGAAAAUGAGUUUAUAGAAGAACCUCAACAGGAAGAUAAUGAAGUUAAUAAAUCUAUAUUGGAAUUUAGUACAACAAAUACAGCUACGGACGAAAAUGAAACAUCAACUAAGGAUGCUGUAGACGACGAAGAACUUGAACUUGUUUACUAUGAAGAAGAUGUACCAAGUGAUAAUGAAAAAGAAGGUGAAAGUAAUGAAACGGUAUUGGAAGAUUUGGAAAUUAUUAAUAAGGAAUUAAAGUCUUUGCAAACAGAAAAUGAAAGUACUGUGGAUUUAGAUACUGAAUCAUUAAAUUCAAAUAUUUCUGACAGAGUUAACAUUAAUAAAGAUACCAUUGAUGCGGAAAAAGCUAUAGAAAAUGAUGAGGAUGAUCCUCAGGAGGAUACCUAUUCCUUGGAAGAGGAGUAUUUAGUUGAAGAUAUUUUUUGUUCUCAAGAGUACGAUACUGUUGAUCUAAACGAUUAUUUGGAUAAAGUGUUAGUAACAAAAUUUCAAGAUUUACAAUUGGAUUGGGAUGUGGAAUGUGAAUUGUGCCAUGACAAAUACAAUAACUUACCAGAAUUAUUAAAACACAACUGCGUAACAGAUUUCGAGGAAGAACAACAGUAUCGUUGUGUUUUUAAGGAUUGUGGAGAAGAUAUAAAUAAUUUGCAGACCUUAGCCAGGCAUUUGGUUUUACAUCACUAUGACAAAUUGGAAAGCACCAUUAUAUAUAGCAAAUGUCCAGAUUGUCAGAAAACAUUUUCGAACUUUAUUGAAUUGAAUAAACACUCCUGUUGCCGUAAUAUCAAGAAAAAAACUGGAGCUCCCAAUCAUUGUCAAUCAUGUAAUUUGGAUUUUCAGUCCUUGAAAAGAUUUGUUUUUCAUAUGCAAUUCCAUUUGACGAAUCAUCGACCAAAGGUUUGCCUAAUGUGUGGUGCUUUAUUUAAUAACUCCAAUGAUUUCUUUGAACAUACUCAAUAUAAACAUAAUCCAGCGACGGCUAUGGCUUGUAUAGAAUGUGAUAGAUUCUUUAAAGAAAAAGAGGUCUUUGACAGCCAUAUGGAAUUGCAUGAGGAAUCUAAAUAUCAAUAUGCCUGCAGCUAUUGUCCAAAAAAGUAUACCAAUAAAGCGGGUUUAAAUCAGCAUGUAGAUAUUUAUCACAAUAACAAAUCCUCUGCUAUACAGUGUGAUUUUUGUGAAAAAGAGUUUGUUAAUCAGGCCUCGUAUCGUAAUCAUGUUAAGUCACAUGCUGCUGAUGUACAAAUAGAAACUUAUAUCUGUUCAACGUGUGGUUUUAUAACCAAUGAUUGUGAUUUAAUUAAGGAACACAUUGAAGCAGAUGCCGAAUCCCCUUGUUAUUCUUCGCCACUGGAAGAAAAACUAUUGGCUUUGGGUUAUACUUGUGAGAAUUGUUCCAUUGAUUUUCAUACCAUUAAACAGCUGAAGGAACAUCGUUUGAGUAAAAACCAUAGAGAUACUUUGUAUUAUUGUGGCAUUUGUCGUCGAGCUUUUAACUCACUACGUCAUAUGCGUAAUCAUGCUAUUAAUCAUAAAGAUUUUGAAAAAUGGCAGGAAGCUUUUCCUAUAACGCGUUAUUUUGUAUGCAAUAUAGGUGAUUGCCAAGAAUUUUAUCCCAUUUGGACUUCCCUGUAUUAUCAAAAACGUCCGCAUAAAAGUAAGGAAGCUAAAGACGAUAAACCUGCGGAGUUUAAGUGUCAAUUCUGUCAACAAUUGUGUACUUCGAAAAUGUCUUUGGCUGUUCAUGUAGCUAGAAGUCAGAAUACAGCAAAUAUAUCUUGUUCUCACUGCAAACGUACCUAUAAGACUCAAAAACUGCUGCAAGAACAUAUAGAUAAAUUCCAUACAGCCAUAAAAUGUGAAGUUUGUUUUAAAAAUUUCAAAAAUCGACGAAAUUUGGAAUCACAUCGUAAUUUGGUGCAUCUUAAUAUGAAACGUUAUUUCUGUCAAUAUUGUGAAAAGGGCUAUUUUCAUAAAAGUGAAAAAGAAGCGCAUGAAAAGAAAGUGCAUUCCGAAUUUCCCUAUAAAUGUGAAAUUUGUGAUUUCAUGACGAACUAUGAAAAAUCUUUGGAAGUUCAUAUGGAUAAACAUAAUAAUCAACAAAAAUUUAAAUGUACAAUUUGUAGUAAAACAUUUGGCAGAAAACAACUCUUAACCAUACAUACGAAAAGGCAUCAAAAUAAGAAAGAAUACAUAUGUUCCAAUUACUUAAAUGAAGAUGGCUGUAGUGCAGCAUUCUAUACCUAUAAUCUUUUAAAGACACAUAUUCAAACUAAACAUCAAAAUGAUAACAAACGUAAAAGAUCACACAAAAAAUAUAUUGUACAAGUUGAUGAUAAAUCAUAUGAAAUAUUUAAUGUUGAUGAAGAGAGUACACAACAAGUUAAACGUUCGAAAACUGUAGCUUCGGAAGAUAAUAGUGAAAAAUUUGAACAGGAUGCUAUUGAGUUGGUAUUGGAAGAAGAUGACAUAGAAUCAUCACAUGAGCAGACAUCUGAUGAAUUCGAAACAAUAUGUAGUUAAAGUAAUCUAGAGUCUGUUAAGGCAAGUAAGUUGAAUUAAAAUUUUCAAGAAUGCUAUUUUCAUUUGAUUUCUUUUUGUUUUAAAAUAACGAAAAAGUUUGUUUGUUUCGUGAGCAAAAAAAAG